AUGAACGCAAGAUGGGUCUGUCGUGACCUGCUCCUCCUUCGUUCUAUUUCUCGUCCUCGUCAAAAAGCAUACCGUCCACCUGGCUUUCGAUGUAUUGCGACGGUCCAGUCGAACCCAGCAGCUGAUGUUGCUGGUCCUCCCCCUCCAUUAGGACGGUUGCUGCAAGAUGACGUUAACGACAAGCGUGCCACCACUGCGGACUCUGCUACUAAUGGAGCUAGGUCCCACUCUCCUCUAUCCGAUAUUUUUGGGGAAGAGGCGCGAGAGGAGUUGGACGAGCAGUCUCUUACUCGAGCAACCCAAGGUCAACAGGCAGAACAACGUGCCAAUCGUUUUCCCUGCGUAUAUAUCCUUCCGGAAGUAAGACUGCUCAACUUUCCGGGUAUCCUUUCCCUUAUACGUGAAUUGGAACGACGGUUCGGAAGUGUACGAGAAUUUAAGAUUCUACGGGAUAAAGAUUCGCCAAAUGCAUACGUAAAAACUUUAUUUGUCAUCUUCCGGGAUCAGGAUAGCGCAAAACGUCUCGACCACGUUUUGCAGGGUAAGCAAUCGGGGAGGAUAAUGGUACCGGCACCAACAGACUGGGACGAUAAGAAGGACCUUAACGGUGGUGUUGGCCUAGAGGAUAUCCAGCCUUUCUUACGUCCUGCGGACACUGGAUCCGCGGAACUGGUCACUGUGACCGAUCAAGACAGGCAAAUGGAGAAUGUCGCUUCAAGUGUAGUAGAGAAGAUUUUAGCAGAGACUAAUACGAACGGUUGGAAGGAAGGCACUCCUCCCGACAGCGUAGACCUAUGCGAAGUGCGCAUCGAGAUGCUUAACGAUGGCUUCACAAUCGAGCCUAUAGCACGCGACGUAUUGAGAACUUGGCAAACGAGAGAGCAUAGAAUUCAUUCAGCUCGUGCGUUUGCCCGAUGGGGUGGAUUUUAUCCGCACUAUCUGUUCUCACCGUAUUCGGACGAAGAAGGUCAAAUAGUGCUUGGUGGGAAGGUCGUGGAUAAUCUGGAGGAACUAACGGAAAGACAGAGGCAGCAGGCGGAGACAGUUCGUCUCGCGACGAACUCGAUGCGAGAUGCGCUUGUUAGUGCCAGGUUACGCUUGAAGAACAACGACGAACCUGACCACGGCUUGGUGGAGCGUGAUGGUCGGCAAGUCGUCUUAGACUGGGAAGCAAGUGCAAGUCUAGGAUCUGUCGAGGGCACUACAGCAGUCUCAGACAUCGACGCGACACCGGUAGAAAAUGCAGAGGGCUCAACUAGCCGAGCAGGUGGAGUUUCAACAUCUUUCGAACCAAAUGUGCCAGUAACAGAGGCAGAAGAAACUCGCAACGCUCGUCAAUUCCUUACCAGUUCCGACGUGCGAUCAGAAGCAACCACCACAUCGUCAGACGAGAAAACUGAAAGAACGAUUUCCGAGAAUUCAAAACCCUCUUCCUCUCAACAUUCACCAACGCCAUUCUCAAAAGACGCGUCAGUUUUGCAGGAACCCGAGUCCUCAGAAAGAAUAUCGCAAGCGACACCACAACAGAGUUUAUCACCAUCAACACAAUCGAUGAACGCCUCCCAAGACGGUGCCCGCGCUGCACCGGCAGAGGUUAUGAACAACCGUACUCGUAGAGCACGGAAGAAAGCAGAGCAAGAGCGGGCAGGGUUCAAGGCGAAGUUGCUUGGGUGGUUAGGACGAUAGUUAAACACUUGAACACACGCAUUUUAUAGUGUAGUUAUCAU